AUGAGUAUCACAGCCGCUGCAGGAUCGUCGCAAGACGGGACCCCAGCCUACGAGUUGCCUUGGGUGGAGAAGUACAGACCGCUCAAAUUAGACGAUGUCGUCGGCAACAAACCGACGAUCGAGAGGCUCAAAGUCAUUCAGAGGGAUGGAAACGUGCCGCACUUGCUCAUAUCAGGGUUGCCCGGGAUUGGGAAAACUACCAGCGUGCAUUGCCUUGCACACGCCCUAUUGGGCGAUGCGUACAAGGAAGGGGUACUAGAGUUGAAUGCUUCCGAUGAGAGAGGUAUCGAUGUGGUACGAAACAAGAUCAAACAUUUCGCGCAAAAGAAGGUGUCUUUGCCAGCAGGGCGGCAUAAGAUUGUGAUUCUCGAUGAAGCAGACAGUAUGACAUCUGGCGCACAGCAAGCGCUGCGACGCACUAUGGAAAUUUACUCGAAUACGACCCGCUUUUGUUUCGCUUGCAAUCAAUCCAACAAGAUCAUCGAUCCAUUGCAGAGUCGGUGCGCCAUUCUCCGCUACACCAAGCUCAAGGAUGAAGAAGUGCUGCAGCGGCUACUGGAGAUCUGCGAGACAGAAAAGGUACAAUACAGCGACGAAGGCCUUGGCGCGCUAAUUUUCACCUGCGAAGGCGAUAUGCGACAAGCGAUCAACAAUCUACAGUCGACCUGGACAGGCUCAGGGUUUGUCUCGCCGGACAAUGUUUUCAAAGUGUGUGACCAGCCGCAUCCGCGGGUGAUCCGCGCGGUGCUCAAGUCAUGCCAGAAAGGCGACGUGGAUACGGCGAUCGAGCGUCUGGAUGAGAUCUGGAGCCAGGGCUACUCUGCGCUGGACAUCAUAACGACACUCUUCCGUGUCGUCAAGACGCUGGAUGGCAUGCCCGAGGCUCUCAAGCUGGAAUUCAUCCGUGAGAUCGGCUGGACGCACAUGCGCAUCCUCGAGGGCGUCGCAACGCUCGUUCAACUUGGCGGCCUCCUUGCGCGACUGUCAAAGAUGGCCAUCAAACCCGAUGCAUUCAACGUGUGACAUACAGUCACCACCUUCGUGACUCCGUGUAUACCCCAUCCGCUGAAAGAGCACGCAUUGCAUUCACGCACGCACGCACUCCCACUGAGCACGCAUGUUCAAGAAACGCGGGAAAGUAUUGCGCAUUGCCCAUUCUGAUGUGUCAAGGUACAAAGAAAAGGAGAGUAGUUCGGUCGGUCUCUGCCCUAUAGCUUCAAGAAAGAGAGCCCAGUAGGUUACUGCCGUCCUGUCGGUACAGGAAUCUAUUUCGACGAAUCCCAAGAGAAGUUCGCAGGCAAAAGCGAAGGCGAAGGCGGGAAAAUGCGAAUGUGGAAGCGAAAGCUGUGAAUGAAGAAGGCAGAAUCAAGAGCGGUUGCCCGCUGUAUCUUUUGCUAAUGUACACCGCAG